AGUAAAAACCUAACAUCUGAUCGCAUACAAAAGCAAAGAAAAUUGCACAUCAAAAAAUUAUAUACAACAGAUCAUAACUUUUGGCGAGAUAUUUCUUAACUCUGAAAAUGUUGGAAACUUGUCAAAGGCGUCACAUGCUACUAGGGCUCAGCCUAUUGGUGGUUGCAACCGUUAUAGUGCUUAUUAUCGAGUCGCGUUUUCCUGAUAGUGAGAGUACACGACGCUCCCGAGCUCAACAGUUCGUCAUCGAAAACAAUUCCACAUGUUGGCAGCGCGAAGAAUAUAGUGUCAUACAGGAAUGUCAUCCAUGCACCGAAUUCGACAUUGUAAGCAAAAGCCUGGGUGUUUGUAUACACACGCACUACAAGGAAGUUCUACGUUGUAAAAGUGGAGAAACUGUGACGCGUAGCUGUGAUCGGGUUGCGCUUAUCGACCAGCGUAAUUUCAUUAAAUUUGAGAUUACAUGCUUCUGUAUAGGCUCACUUAGCUAUCUGGUUUCAUAUGCUAGAGAUCGAAUAUUAUCACGAAGAACGCAUUUAAAAAUUGAACGACAAUUGAACCGCAUGCAAUAACAUUAAAAGAGUUCAGUAUUGCAGCUUUAGGCUAUUGGGUUCAAAGGAUAUGGAUGUGUAUGUAUUAAAGUUAUGAGAUUUUAACGAUAAGUUACAUGUAUUAGAAUAAUUAAUUAUAAGCGUAAUGCUUCUUAAAAUUGAAAAAUGCUACUUGCAGACUCUUGAUUCAAAUUAAUAACGAUAUCAUCAUAAAAAUGGUUAAUUAUGGUAUUCUAUUUUACUUAUGAAUACAUAUUUGUUGCCCAUUAUAGAUUAACGAAGCAUAUUCUAAAGUGAAACUUUUAUUUUAAGUGAAACAUUUGUUUAUGUAAAUGUGUGCACAUAUGUUUGUAUAUUAGUAAUAUAAAAGCUUCCAAAAGGGAUGAUAACUAGAAAUUUAUUAAAUGGAAUGCGUUCUAAAUUAUUUAAGAAUAAGCACGUUUGUAAAUUAAGUAUAGUUCAAUUAACAUUUUCAAAUGAAAUAAAUUGAAAAUAACAUUUCGUUAAUAAUA